ACACACUCUCUUUUUCCCUUGCAUCUCUUUCAGUGAUGGAACCCUAAGCCCGAUUUCAAUGUUUAGUAUUCGAAGAAGCUUCUAUUUCUUGUAAUUUUUAAAGGAUUUUUGAUGUUUAUACGUUGAUUGUUGAGAUAGGGUUUAGGAGUUGUUAAAAAUGGCGGAGAAUUCGAGCUCGAGAAUUACAAUCACGCUAGGACGUAGCGGUCAGGUGGUAAAGAAAGCAGGACCUGGAUUAGAUCAUCCCUUUCCAGCAGUUGGGAGUAAACGGUCUGUCAGAGAUAGACUAGGUACCAUUGCAGAUUCAACGACCGAAUUCAAUAAUAAACGUCAGCGAGGAGAUGGAAGUAGAUUGAGCUCUCGUGCCUCUAGUGGCAUUGAUGAUGCACGGCUUGGUAAAGAUGACCUGCGAUAUAAAAUCAUGCGGAAAACUGCACUUGACCGGGGUCAAAGCAAUGGCCAGCAGAAUGGGGUGGAUCUUCGUGAUUUCCUAUCAAGGCCUGCUCAAUCUUCAACUGCAAAACCUAGUUCACGACAGCACAUACCUGAUCCAAGGGAUAAUAGACCACGAGUAUCUGAGAUGAGGGAUAAUAGAUCACGAGUACCUGAGCCGAGGGAUAAUAGACCACGAGUACCUGAGCCAAGGGAUGAUAGACAGCAUAUGCUUGAUUCAAGAGGUUCUAGACAGUACUUGCCUGAAAUCAGAGAUUCAAGACAGUACAUGCCUGACGCCAGGGAUUUUAGAGGGCACCCUCCAGAGCUAAAGGAUGUUAGGUAUAAUACACCCGAGUCCAGGAGUUUGAGCAUACUGGGACGAGCUCCUUCCACAAGAAAUGCAGAUGCUUUACCACUGAUGGACUCGAUAAGGAGUUCUUAUUCUCCCUGGACACUGGAUCUUUUAAGGCGAAGAUCCCCAGAUGGAGUUGUUAGUUCUUCUAGAGGUAUCUCACCACCAAGGAGAGGGGAGGAACCGCAGAGAAGACCUCUGGUGACAUCUUAUGAUGAUCCGAGCCUGAGUUCAUACACAAGGAAAGAUGUCUCUGAGUUUUCACGCCCCAUGACUUCUGCAGGUUACCUGUCAAAUACAUCCCAACCUGCUGGACCAGGAAAGACUGUCGCACCAUUGCGUGCCCCAAUCCCUCAAUCGCGGAGUUUAGUGCAGAAAAGUUCAUAUGGAAUUGAGGAUCAACCUACUGUUGAUAGCUUUUUGCACUCUUUGGGUCUAGAUAAAUAUGCAAUCCAUUUCAAGGCUGAGGAAGUGGAUUUGUAUUCACUGAAGCAGAUGGGUGACAAUGAUCUGAAAGAGUUGGGAGUACCCAUGGGUCCGAGAAAAAAGAUUCUGCUUGCCCUAGCAUCUCGUGCCAGGAGACAAGUGUGAUCGCAUGAACUGAUGCAAAUUCAAAUACAUUCUCGAGCUUUGAUGCAAAAACCAUGAGAGCUGAAGUGAGAUCAUAUGCCUUGUAGAGCAUGUAUUUCCUUCUCGUUCUAGCGAGGCAAAUCUGUUUGGAUUAGUUGUUAGAUCCCCUUGUCAAUUCUGUAGUUUUCUACGCAGGGCAAAUAUUUUGUCACUGUUUUUUCUGCUUCUUUUUUUGUGUGAUCCUCAUUAUUUUGGAAUUACACACCUGUAAACCCUCCGGCAUGAAAACAAAAAAGUUUGUGACUUUAAACACACCAAAUCAUGAACGAUUCAUGAUUGAGAAAGAAACCUAGAAAACGCUUUC